GAGCUGCAGCGCGCGGAGAGAAACUACUUUGUCUUUCAGGCUUUUUAAUCGCCACGAGGAGAGAAGAAGAAGAUGGAGUGAGAGAGGGAGAGAGUGAAUGAGUGAGAGAGUGAGUGAUGUCCGGCUGCAGAGUGAUAAUUAAACCCGAUCAGCUGAUUCCGCCGGUACGGACUGCGCUCGAGCUCCGGUCUAACGGAACUGCACUUUAAUCACUCACAGUGUUACAGUCGUCUCCCCCCUCACACUUCAUUCUGGCCGGCCCAGUGUCCUCUAAAGGAGAGGAGGACUUCCUCUCUAUAGCGGCAUCUCGCCUCAGCCGCAGGAAGCGCGUGAUUGGUGCAGCAGUGGGCGUGGCCAUGGUGCUGGUGUUGUUAAUUGCCAUCCCACUGUUGGUCCACAGCACCAAGCUGGGCAGAGUCGGAGGUGGAGUCGAAGGGACGCAUUACGAGAUGCUGGGUAGCUGUAAGAUGGUGUGUAACUCUCUUACGCCCAGUAACGAACUCACGCCUGUUUCCCAGUCUCCACAAGACAUCCCCACUCGCAGAGCCGGAGGUAAAUCUAGUUUCCGUGGUAUUCCAGGCCUACCAGGACCCCCAGGACCACGAGGACCCCCUGGAGAGCCAGGUAAACCAGGUCCUCCGGGUCCACCAGGUCCGGGCUCAGGAGGAUACAUUCCACCGUUCUACAGCCCCAAGAUAGCGUUUUACGCUGGUUUGCGGAAACAACAUGAGGGCAGUGAGGUCCUCAAGUUUGACGAUGUGGUGACCAACGUGGGAAAUUAUUACGAGCCCACGACAGGAAAGUUCACCUGCCCUUUACCUGGAAUCUACUUCUUCACUUACCACGUCCUUAUGCGGGGAGGAGACGGGACCAGCAUGUGGGCCGACCUGAAGAAGAAUGGCCAGGUGCGGGCGAGUGCCAUUGCUCAGGAUGCGGAUCAGAACUACGACUACGCCUCCAACAGCGUGAUCCUGCACCUAGACGUGGGGGACGAAGUGUGUGUGCAGCUGGAUGGAGGAAAAGUUCACGGAGGAAACACCAACAAAUACAGCACCUUCAGCGGGUUUCUCAUUUACCCUGAUUAACACACAUACACAGAGAGACAGUCCUGAUGUGCAAGAGUUACUGCAUGUUUGAAGGAUCACACACACAU